AUGAGGGCAUGGUUGCGGCCCGGCAGGGCCAGAACUCUCUUGCUGCUUGGGGCCAUUGCACCUUUCCAUAUUACAGCGAGCCCUACGGUAAAUGUAGCUCUGCGAGCUUCCUUCAGCUCCGCACCAUAUCUCGUCGAGCUACUAGAGACAGCUGCCGAAGAGAACUCCACAGCCUAUUUCCCCCUACUUGACCGUAUAGCGGACGGCUACUUCGACAAGGCGGCGACAGAUUACGAGCUCUACACCACCUUCGUCCAGCUUCUCCAUGACGAUGGCCACAUCACGGACCCCGAUACGCUCUCCUCCUUCGAAUUCGCACUUUCAAUCCACUCCGCUGCCCCAAGGAUAGAGGCACAUUAUCAGUAUUACAAUACAUCUGUCGAGCAGGCGCUAGCCACAGUGCAGGACAAGCCAUGCGAAUCAUGGGUGGCUUUUGGCGACAACCAGUACUGCUCGCCUGAGCUGGACUCAGCGCAGGGAACCCUUAAGAGCCACAGGACUGAUGAUUUGCCAUUCGAUCGCAUACUCGGCGAUUCAAGUGGUGCAUUACCCUCUGUUCUAUAUGCAGAUAUUACAUCGCCCAGCUUUGGCAGAUUCCACAAAACCGUCAGUCGGUCAGCAAAAGAGGGCAAAACCUCCUAUCGCAUUCGCUACAAACGUUCGGCUUCAGGUUCGAACGAGCCCUUGGUCAUCAACGGCUAUGGUGUGGAGCUCGCACUCAAGCGAACCGAUUACAUUGUCAUCGAUGACCGUGAGGCAGAGCAAGCUGGCACUAAGGAAGCGCCAAAGCCAGCAGGGGACACUUUGCAGGAUGAGGACGUGUCAGACCUGAAGCCUCUGUCAGCCUCUGAGCUGUCUGGCCUAAGCCUCAAGACUGCGAGCUUUGUACUAAACACCGAAGAUCCGCUUGACACCUUAUUGAGGAUAUCUCAAGAUUUCCCCAAGCAUUCCUCUGCUGUCGCUGCGCAUAACGCUACGGCCGAGUUCCUUGCUGAACAUAGCAACAAUGGCGAGCUUGCCCUUCCACCAGGUUACAAUGUGUUCUGGAUCAACGGCGUGCAGGUUGAUCCUCGGAAGAUUGACGCCUUUUCCUUGCUCGAUCAUUUGAGGCGCGAACGCAGGCUCAUCAACGGACUACAAUCCCUCGGAUUCUCUGGACCCGAAGCCAUCAGCGUUCUGUCUCACAGCGCCGUUGCAGAGGCCCAAGCUGAGGAUGAACCUCAACGAUACGACUAUCGAGAUGGUCCAGAAGGUGGUAACGUAAUAAUUUGGCUUAAUGACAUUGAGAAAGACAAAAGAUACGAGGACUGGCCCACGAGUAUCACUGCUCUCCUCCAGCGAACCUAUCCCGGACAACUACCGCCUGUAAGAAGAGACAUCCACAAUGCCAUUGUCCCUAUCGACUUCUCCAAUCCAAAGGACGUGUCGACAGUGGUUGAGACGCUGCAAAACAUCAUCAGACGCAAUAUUCCCAUUCGAUGGGGAUUAGUCCCUUAUACAGGAUCGCCGGCGGCCGCCCAGCAAGCUCGUGUCGCCUAUCAUCUGCUUGACGCUUAUGGUCUGGGCGCUUUGAUGACGUAUCUCGAGAAUUCCUCCGCGAACAAAAAGCUCUUGAUGCCCCAUCAGACGACGUUCGACUCCGUUACUACGGAUCGAAGGUUAAAAAAGGACCGUGUAUCAAGGUCACUGCAGGAAGUUCUGCAGGAGGAGUCGCUGGAGGACCGCCUCCAAGGAGCCAAGAAGUACCUGAUGCGCCUGGGUGCAUAUGGUGAUAGUGCCCCAGUUUUCGUCAAUGGUGCGACUAUUCCCCGUACUGAGGAGUGGUUGCAAACCCUGAGCCAGAGAGUGGGCUUGGAUCUGCGGAGGAUCCAAAAGGGCGUUUUCGAAGACGAGUUCACCGAGACGACGUGGUUGCCCGCCCAGUUCCUGGCAUACGCCUCACUUCGACGCAACCCGCUGAUCAUCCCUGAAGACGAGACGAACAUCACGCUUCUCAACAUGGGGGAAAUCAUCAGCGAGCAUGGCGACCUGUUUUCGAACUGUCCUCGCAUCGCAGUAGCGGAGGGCUCCGACAAAGAGCAGUGGGCAACGCUGAUGUUGAUUGCUGACUUCGACUCACUAGCCGGUCAACAGCUCUGGGUCGAUGCUAUCAACUUUCGCAAGCAGCAUAGCAACGUGGAGCUGAUCUUCGUUCACAACGGCGAAGCUUCAUCGAAAGUUUUAGACACAUCUGCGCGCCUCUACCGCUUCCUCGAACAUGGGUCAUCCGAUAGCUUAGAGAGCUUAGAGGACGUGCUGGCCUCGGAAGUGAGUUCAGAGGACACCAAGGAAGCUGCACAUUUCUGGACGUCCGUCCAACCGCUUAUCAGGGCGCUGAAGCUAAAGCCGGGAAAGAGCGGUUUGACGCUGAAUGGCAGGCUGAUUGCGCCUAUCCCAGAAGACAACGCCUUUUCUGCAGAAGAUUUGGAGACCCUGCUAGCUUACGAGAGCAGGAAGCGUGUUCAGCCUGUGUUUACUGCGGUCAAGGCUCUGGACUUGGUGGAUAAACUAAACUCGCCUAUGGCUGUGGCAAUGCUUUCGUCCAUCGUAGCACUAUCAACCGUGUCAGAUGUCCCUGAAGGCAUCUUCGAGACUGCACCCACUCAGCGAAGCGAUGUCUUCAACACGUGGAGUGCCGAGCACACAGCUAUCACAACCGGCGACCAGGCGACGGCAGCCAUUCAGGUAACGGUGUCGCUCGAUCCUGCUUCUGAGGUUGCGCAGAGAUGGGUACCAAUCCUCAAAGCACUGUCUGAGCUCAGUGGCGUGUACCUUCGUCUCUUCCUCAACCCGAAGGAACGCUUAGAUGAGCUUCCAAUCAAGCGCUUCUACCGAUACGUCCUCGACUCGAGGCCAUCGUUCGACGACAAUGGCGCUCUACAAGGCUUGAAGGCCCGAUUCACCGGGCUACCUGAGGAGGCCCUGCUCACCAUGGCUAUGGAUGUACCUGCACCAUGGCUCGUUACCCCGAAGGAAUGCGUUCACGAUCUUGACAACAUCAAGCUCAGCACGCUGAAGGGCUCUUCUGACAUCGAUGCCACAUAUGAGCUUGAGAACAUCCUGAUCGAGGGCCAUUCGAGAGACGUCACCCAAGGCAUUCCCCCUCGAGGCACACAGCUUGUUCUCGGCACCGAAAGAGAUCCACAUUUUGCCGAUACUAUCAUCAUGGCCAAUCUUGGUUACUUCCAAUUCAAGGCUAACCCAGGUUUCUACGAGCUAGGCCUGCAAGCUGGACGGAGCUCGGAAAUCUUCACCAUCGAUAGCGCCGGCACGAAAGGCUACAACGCACAGCCAGGAGACGAGACGACAGAGAUCGCCUUCAUGAGCUUCCAGGGGGUGACCAUGUACCCUCGGCUGUCUCGGAAGCCAGGCAAAGAAGAUGAAGACGUGCUUGAGCCGCCGAAGUCUGCCGCCGCUGACAUGGCAUCCAAGAGCACUGAGCUCAAAGACAAGGUUCUCUCCAAGCUCGGUCUCUCCGGCACCAAAACCGAGAAGGCCAUCGCCAAAGGCCUAAAACGCGUCUCCGGCCUGCUCACCAAGACCAUACUACCGACAAGCGCCGUAACCCGCUCCGCACACGCCGACAUCAACAUCUUCUCCGUCGCCAGUGGCCACCUCUACGAGCGCAUGCUCAACAUCAUGAUACUCUCCGUAAUGAAACACACCACCCACAGCGUCAAAUUUUGGUUCAUCGAGCAAUUUCUCUCACCAUCCUUCAAGGCCUUCCUGCCCAGCCUAGCCGCCAAGUACGGUUUCCAGUACGAGAUGGUGACCUACAAGUGGCCGCACUGGUUACGUGCCCAGAAGGAAAAACAGCGCGAGAUCUGGGGCUACAAGAUCCUGUUCCUGGACGUGCUUUUCCCUUUGGAUCUCGACAAGGUUAUUUUUGUCGACGCAGACCAGGUCGUCCGUACAGACAUGUAUGAGCUCGUGACGCUGGAUCUCCACGGUGCGCCCUACGGCUUCACGCCGAUGUGCGACUCGCGCACCGAGAUGGAGGGUUUCAGAUUCUGGAAGCAGGGCUACUGGGCCAACUUCCUGCGCGGGCGGCCCUACCACAUCAGCGCGCUGUACGUCGUCGAUCUGCGGCGUUUCCGGCAGAUCGCAGCCGGCGACAGACUACGACAGAACUACCACCAGCUCUCCGCGGAUCCGCAGUCUUUGAGUAAUCUGGACCAGGACCUCCCGAACCACAUGCAGCAUGUGCUCCCCAUCUACAGCCUUCCGCAAGAGUGGCUGUGGUGCGAGACAUGGUGCGCGGACGAGGAGUUGGGGAAAGCGAGGACGAUUGAUCUGUGUAAUAAUCCCAUGACUAAGGAACCGAAGCUUGAGAGGGCGAGGAGGCAGCUGCCGGAGUGGACGGAGUAUGAUGAGGAGAUUGCGGCCUUGGCGAGGAGGUUGAAGAAUGGGGACGGGGUUGGAGGGAGGGCGCCUAUUAAGGAGGGGGUAGAUGAGCGCGGGUCGGAGACUGGGUAUGAGGAGGAUGAUGAGGGGGAGGGGGAGGCGGUGAAGAUUGGUGUUCCGCCGCCACAGGGUGGAAUUAAGUCGCGUGUGGUGGAUGAACUGUAG